CGGACACUGCGGGGCCCGCUGAGCUCCCGGUGUCCUUUCCUACCUCUGCGGAGCAGCGGAGGCUGGGGGUGAGCCUGGCCGGGCUGGCCAGGUCACCGCGCGGGCUCCUGGUCUCGCGCCUGGCCGGCGCUCAGCUGCUGAGCGCCUACUGGUUGGUGGGCCUGCAGGGAGACGCCGCAUUCGCAGGCAAGGUCUAGGCGCCUGACUUCUUUGCGAACUUGAUUCUUUUUCCCUUUGUGUCGAGACUUAGGGCUCUUGCAGGGCCCUCGUUCCCUGAGCGUGCACGCCGCAACAUCCUAGCCCCUUUCCGUGUCGCAUACGCCUAAUGCUCAGGAAAUGCUUCCCGUGUCCAAAUAAGAUUUGAAUAAGUAGCCUGAUCCCGUUGCUGGGUGUCCUCAGAGGCUGCCCCUGUCUGACAGCUGUGGGCCAUAGAGACGCCUCCUGUGCCCUGGCCUCUGUUUCAUUGCUUCCUUCUGCUGUCAGCGCUGCAAGCCUCAGAGGGGCACUUCCUCCGCAGGUUUGAGGAUGGAGAGGACUUAGCACUCAGGCCUGUGAGGCAGGAGAUACGAAGACUUCCAAAGAAGGACCAAUUCCUCGGAUGUGCCCCCUCACAGAGAGAUGAAGGGGCAGCAGAAAACAGCUGAAACGGAAGAGGGGACAGUGCAGAUUCAGGAAGGCGCAGUGGCAACUGGGGAGGACCCAACCAGUGUGGCUAUCGCCAGCAUCCAGUCAGCUGCCACUUUCCCUGACCCCAACGUCAAGUACGUCUUCCGAACUGAAAAUGGGGGCCAGGUGAUGUACAGGGUGAUCCAGGUGUCUGAGGGGCAGCUGGAUGGCCAGACUGAGGGGACUGGUGCCAUCAGUGGCUACCCUGCCACUCAAUCCAUGACCCAGGCUGUGAUCCAGGGUGCGUUCACGAGUGAUGAUGCAGUUGACACAGAGGGGACAGCUGCUGAGACGCACUAUACUUACUUCCCCAGCACUGCAGUGGGAGAUGGGGCAGGGGGUACCACGUCGGGGAGUACAGCAGCUGUUGUUACCACCCAGGGCUCAGAGGCGCUACUGGGGCAGGCGACCCCUCCUGGCACUGGUCAGUUCUUUGUGAUGAUGUCACCACAAGAAGUGUUGCAAGGAGGAAGCCAGCGCUCUAUUGCCCCCAGGACCCACCCUUAUUCCCCGAAGUCAGAAGCUCCCCGGACAACUCGGGAUGAGAAACGCAGGGCUCAGCAUAAUGAAGUGGAGCGCCGCCGCCGAGACAAGAUUAACAACUGGAUUGUACAGCUGUCCAAGAUCAUCCCAGACUGCUCCAUGGAGAGCACCAAGUCUGGCCAGAGUAAAGGUGGAAUUCUAUCCAAAGCCUGUGAUUAUAUCCAGGAACUUCGGCAGAGUAACCACAGGUUGUCUGAAGAACUGCAGGGGCUUGACCAGCUGCAGUUGGACAAUGAUGUGCUUCGGCAGCAGGACACUGGCGCUUCCACUGGUUCUUCCUUUCCCUGGAGCUCAGAUGUGCACCUGAGGACUCUGGGGAACAGGCUUCAGCAAGAAGUGGGGAUAGGAUGCUUAGCAGUGGCUGCUGCCCCAGGAAGAGAAGAUUGGCCGGCAAGCAGCUAAGGCCUAUGCAGAAGUCUCUGGAGCCAGGGAGAACAACAGGCAGGGCCCACUGGGGGCCUUACCCCCUUGUGGGGACGGUUUCCCCCCCACCUCCUUUUCUUUCUUUCCUUUUUUUUUUUUUUUUAAGAUAAAAUAUUCAGAGCCACAA